CCGGUGAACCGGCGACAGGGUAAUGGGCGCCCAAGGCUCAUUGAUGCGCAUGGGGAGCAAAGGCUAGCCCGUCUGGUCCGAUCCCAUGGAAGAGCUACUGUAGCACAAAUUGCUGAAAGCCUUAAUGCUAGCCAUGAUAGAAAGGUAUCAGAACACACAGUGCAUCGCAGCUUGCUGCGUAUGGGGCUGCGUAGACGCAAACCGGACAGAGUGCCCAUGCUGACCCCUGUCUGCCGCCGAAAGCACCAACAAUGGACACGUGAGCGUCAGAACUGCACCAUGGAGCAAUGUAAGAAGUCCGAAGUGCCAAAGAUAGGAAAAGAUCCGAAGAAGCCGAGAGGCAAGGUGUCCUCCUAUGCCUACUUUGUGCAGUCUUGCAGGGAGGAGCACAAGAAGAAACACCCAGAUGCUAGCAUCAACUUCUCAGAGUUCUCUAAGACGUGCUCUGAGCGAUGGAAGGCAAUGUCUGCCAAGGAAAAGGUAAAAUUUGAAGAUUUGGCCAAGCAAGACAAGGUCUGUUAUGAAAGAGAAAUGGAGAGCUAUGUCCCACCAAAAGGCAUGAAGCGAACAAAAGACCCCAGUGUUCCUAAGAGACCCCCAUCUGCAUUGUUCAUAUUCUGUGCUGGCCACUUUCCAAAAAUUAAGAGUGGGAAUCCUGGACUGUCUAUUGGAGACAUAGCAAAGAAGCUGGGAGAGAUGUGGAACAGCACAUCUGCAGAAGACAAGCAGCCAUAUGAGGAGAAAGCAGCUAAACUGAAGGAGAAAUAUGAUAAGGACAUUGCGGCCUACCAUGGCAAAGGCAAGCCAGCUCCUGCCACAGUGACAAAGGCAAAGAAAAGCGAUGAUGAAGGGGUACAUUAUGAUGAGAAAGAAGGGGAGCAUUAUGAAGAGGAGGAUGAUGAUUAUGAAUAAAUUUGCUACGCAUAGAG